UUUUCUCGCGAUGGGGCUUUUCGGUGGUAGCUUCAAGUUUUUGGUGGGAGUGGGAUGUGGUGUCUAUGUAGCUCAGAACUACAACGUUCCAAAUGUCAAGAAGCUGUUCAACACGUAUGUUUUCCUGGCAAAGCACAUUGAGGAAACAUACCGUAAGCCGAAGAAAGACGACAAAGACGAGUGAUUAUCGCACCCCUGGCGAAGAGAAGUGUACUCUGACAUGACAGAAACGUGAUCUUCAAGAACUUAUUAUAACUAUGACGAUGCAUAGUGGGUAGCUGUGAAAUUUAUCGUGGCAAGGUUUGUGGAUCUCUAUGACGAAACCUUAGUAUUUUUGAAGUAGGAGAGAAGGUAUGCAAAUAUCCGAUCGAUAUAUUAUGGCACUAGUACGAGUUUCACUAUAAAUGGAACCUCUUGUGUCGUCAUCUUCCCCUGAGUGCCCGAUUUGCUAUCUCUUCCUUACUGGUUAGGUUUUUUCCUUUAUUUUUUGAGAUUUACUGGUUAGGUUUUUCCUGUGUAAACAAAGGAUGGAAAAGCGCUAGUCCAUCGUUUUCAGAAAGCUUUAGACCCAUAUUCAAAUUAA